CUUAGAAGUGUGAAGUUCAUGGCAACUAGAGCCUAUAAAACCAGUCAUCAGUCUCUAAAAGAAUGUUGUAAGCUCACCAUGGCGUUCGUCUGGCUUCUCUCCUGCUUCGCUUUCAUUGGAGUCACCUAUGGUGCAGGCUGUGGAUCUCCAGCCAUUGCCCCGGUUGUGUCGGGCUACUCUCGCAUCGUCAAUGGUGAAGAGGCCAUUCCAGGAUCCUGGCCCUGGCAGAUCUCCCUGCAGAGUGACUCUGGUUGGCAUUUCUGUGGCGGUUCCUUGAUCAAUGAAAACUGGGUUGUCACCGCUGCGCAUUGCGGCGUGAGUAUGAACGACUUCGUUAUUGUUGGUGCCCAUGACAAAAGUUUAAAAACUGAAGCCAGCCAGAAGUCCAUGUCCAUUGCUAAGGUCAUUACACACCCCAAAUGGAACAGCUACACCAUUAAUUAUGAUGUUUCUGUGGUGAAACUUGCAACACCCGUUCAAUUCAACAGUCAAGUGUCACCAGUCUGUCUCGCUGCUGUAGCUGAUAACUACCCAGAUGGCAUGAUGUGUGUCACUACGGGAUGGGGAAGGACUCGUGCUUACCCUGCUGAGCGGCCUAACAAACUGCAGCAAGCUGCUCUUCCCCUCAUCUCCAACGCAAACUGCAGGGAGUACUGGGGUAGCAAUAUCUCUGACAUCAUGAUCUGCGCUGGUGCUGCUGGUGCUUCUUCCUGCAUGGGUGACUCCGGCGGCCCGCUUGUCUGUCAGAGGAACAACGUCUGGAACUUGGUUGGCAUCGUUUCCUGGGGCAGUAGCCGUUGCUCCACCAGAACUCCUGGAGUCUACGCCCGCGUGACGGAGCUCAGGGACUGGAUCGAUAGCACCAUCGCUGCCAACUAAAUGCAAACAAAAUGUGAAAUACAAAUGAAAAUAAAUGGACUCCUUCAACAUGCCUUUCAAACCUGUGUUGUUC